UUCAAAUAUAAAUUACUGUAGCAAUUAGAAGUGUUUGAAAAUAUUUGCUUUAGCUGAAAUGAAGUUAACAAAACUGGAUUGGGAAAAACAUGUCACUUGAAACAGAAAAGGCCUUUAUCCGGGUCAAAACUACAGGGAAAAAUUCACACUGGGUAUGCAUGGCAAAACUUUCUAGAAUUCUCCUUUUAUGAAACGAGAGAAAUUUGAAAAUGCUCUACUAAAAAUAAAUCUGCCAACAUUCAAAGUACACUUUUGGUAAUGACAUCAAAUUACACAUUGUCAUGUAUAUUAAAUGUAAUUUGUUUAAUUUUUAAAAUGUAAUUUUAAAUAAUUUAGAAUUACUUGUUCCAAAUGGUAGAUUUUCUUUACAUUAUCAAAAAUAGACAAAAGAAAUAAUGAAUUUGAAAGGGUGUAGAAUCUAGCCACAGUGCACAUUUAAUUGAACUUAAUUGUAUGCUUUAUUUAAAUAGACUUUCUCUUUUUAAAAAUAACUUAGUAUCAAUAGUUCCCCUCAAAGCAUAAUAAAAUAUGUACACUUUAUAAAAUAUUAACCGAUUAAACAAUACUGCCGUGUUGUUUAUAAGAGUUGUAGCUGAAGUUCAUAAUUAUACUGUUGACACACGCCAGUGAGGUUAGCGAAGAGAUCCUUAGCAAAACGCAAAUGACGAUUUUCCGACAGUGAUUUUUAUAAAAUAGCUAAUUAAUGACAGGAUAGAAUCGUUCCAACCAUCGCAUCAUCAGAUAUAAUAAUAGUGACGAAUCAGACAAAAAAGAUCCCCACUAAACGAUUUGCAUUUUUUUCCAGAAGUCCUCAAGUCCUAAUAUCAUCAAUUCUUCUUAGUUCGUGGACAUUGGGCCGGAGGUGGAUUCUGUAGUUCCAACACCAAGGUCCCUGCGCGUUUUAUUGCGACCUGCCGGUGGGAACUUUGUCUCCAAAUCGGAGCAGCAUGGAGCGGCGGAGCGAGAGCCCGUGUCUUCGGGACAGCCCCGACCGAAGAAGCGGCAGCCCCGACGUCAAGGGGCCUCCCCCGGUGAAGGUGGCCCGGCUGGAGCAGAACGGCAGCCCCAUGGGAGCCCGCGGGAGGCCCAACGGCGCCGUGGCCAAGGCCGUGGGAGGUAACAGCCCGGAGCUGGGAGGUUUGAUGAUUCCAGUUUUCUGUGUGGUGGAGCAGUUGGAUGGCUCUCUUGAAUACGACAACCGAGAAGAGCACGCUGAGUUCGUCUUGGUGCGGAAAGAUGUGCUUUUUAGCCAGCUGGUGGAGACCGCGCUCCUGGCCCUGGGGUAUUCCCACAGCUCUGCAGCGCAGGCCCAAGGAAUAAUCAAGCUAGGGAGGUGGAACCCCCUCCCCCUCAGUUAUGUGACAGACGCCCCUGAUGCGACUGUGGCCGACAUGCUGCAAGAUGUCUAUCACGUUGUGACGCUGAAGAUCCAAUUACAAAGUUGUUCAAAGUUGGAAGACUUGCCUGCGGAGCAAUGGAACCACGCCACCGUCCGCAAUGCCUUAAAGGAACUGCUCAAAGAAAUGAACCAGAGCACAUUAGCCAAAGAAUGCCCUCUCUCCCAGAGUAUGAUUUCAUCCAUUGUAAAUAGCACAUACUAUGCCAAUGUGUCAGCAACCAAGUGCCAGGAGUUUGGGAGAUGGUACAAAAAGUAUAAGAAGAUAAAAGUGGAAAGAGUGGAGCGAGAGAACCUUUCAGACUAUUGUGUUCUGGGCCAGCGGCCAAUGCAUUUACCAAAUAUGAACCAGCUGGCAUCCCUGGGCAAAACCAACGAACAGUCUCCUCAUAGCCAAAUCCACCACAGUACUCCAAUCCGAAACCAAGUGCCCGCACUCCAGCCCAUCAUGAGCCCUGGUCUUCUCUCACCGCAGCUCAGUCCUCAGCUUGUCAGGCAGCAAAUAGCCAUGGCCCAUCUGAUAAACCAACAGAUAGCCGUUAGCCGACUCCUGGCUCACCAGCAUCCUCAAGCCAUCAACCAGCAGUUCUUGAACCACCCACCCAUUCCCAGAGCAGUUAAGCCAGAGCCAACAAACUCCUCUGUGGAAGUCUCUCCUGAUAUCUACCAGCAAGUUAGAGAUGAGUUGAAGAGGGCUAGUGUGUCUCAAGCUGUCUUUGCAAGAGUGGCAUUCAACCGCACACAGGGAUUAUUGUCAGAGAUACUGCGUAAGGAAGAAGAUCCCAGGACUGCGUCUCAGUCUCUUCUAGUAAACCUGAGGGCCAUGCAGAACUUCCUCAACCUGCCUGAAGUGGAGCGUGAUCGCAUUUACCAGGAUGAGCGAGAGAGGAGCAUGAACCCCAAUGUGAGCAUGGUCUCCUCUGCCUCUAGCAGUCCCAGCUCCUCCCGAACCCCACAGGCCAAAACCUCGACACCGACAACAGACCUCCCUAUUAAGGUGGACGGCGCCAACGUCAACAUCACAGCUGCCAUUUAUGACGAGAUCCAACAGGAGAUGAAAAGAGCCAAGGUGUCUCAAGCCCUGUUUGCCAAAGUGGCUGCAAACAAAAGUCAGGGCUGGCUUUGCGAACUGCUUCGUUGGAAGGAGAACCCCAGCCCAGAAAACCGCACCCUUUGGGAGAAUCUCUGCACCAUCCGCCGUUUCCUGAAUCUUCCCCAACAUGAGCGGGAUGUGAUCUAUGAGGAAGAAUCUCGACAUCACCACAGUGAACGCAUGCAGCAUGUGGUCCAGCUCCCACCUGAGCCCGUGCAGGUCCUUCAUCGACAGCAGUCCCAGCCAACUAAGGAGAGCUCCCCUCCCAGAGAAGAAGCACCCCCACCGCCUCCUCCAACAGAAGACAGCUGUGCCAAAAAGCCUCGGUCUCGCACAAAGAUCUCUUUGGAAGCCCUGGGCAUCCUUCAAAGCUUCAUCCAUGAUGUAGGCCUCUAUCCCGACCAGGAAGCCAUCCACACACUCUCCGCCCAGCUGGAUCUCCCCAAACACACCAUCAUCAAGUUCUUCCAGAACCAGAGGUACCACGUGAAGCACCAUGGCAAGCUGAAGGAGCACCUGGGCUCCGCCGUGGACGUGGCAGAGUAUAAGGACGAGGAGCUGCUGACCGAGUCCGAGGAGAAUGACAGUGAGGAAGGCUCGGAGGAGAUGUACAAGGUGGAGGCCGAGGAAGAGAAUGCCGACAAGAGCAAGGCUGCACCGGCCGAAACCGACCAGAGAUAAUGUGAACUCCGCAGGCAGAGCAAUAGAUGGGUCCAAGGACUUUCUGUUUUAGUUUCUUUCAAGUUCCUCUCGGCUUUGUUUUAUUUUGUUUUGGUUUUGUCUGUUUUAUUUUUCUUACCCUUAAUGGCAUUCCUCUGUUGCACAGGAUAGCCUAUAGACUGAGUAAGCUCAGAGUUUCUGAAUCAGACGUCACCUUGGCAAAGACACUAAGUGUUAAACUUUUACAAUUGACUCGACCAUAGUAAUUCUAGUCACGGGCGACCCUGCCGUCAUUCCUGCCAACUUAUGGAAGCGAUACCAGGCAAAUUCCAGGAUGGGAAGACCCACGAGAUAAAUGAAGGAAGCUGCAAGUGUGUAUAUGUAUAUGUACAUAUCUCUAUAUUUACAUAUAUAUAUUAAAAUUGCAUGGGACAGAGAACUUUACAAUCCGAAGGACUAGACUGUGAAAUGAGUUCUUAAAGAAAAGACUUGUUUAUGUAUAAAAACUAAUACCACUUCACAGUGAGUCACUUUGACUUUGAGAAACUGCAGCCUGCUCUCAGGGCGGGAUAACUAUUUUUGAAUUCCUAUUUAUUUUGUGUGUUUGUCCCUGAUUUUUUUUUUUUUAAUUCUAUGGCUUCCUAUCUGGCAGCUUUUAAUGGGUAAUUUCUGAGGUAUGUAUUUAACAAAAUAACACUGCCAAAAAGAUGAGAGACAGGAGGAAAGAAGAGAGUAAAGUGGGAGAAAAUCAGGGCAUGUCAAAAAAACCAACAUAAGACCAAUUCCUCCAGAGGACAUAAUGCACACCUUAAGACAAGGACUCAGCGCCGUGACCCUCCACACUCCAUUCCCGAGCAUGCCAGCACUGUAUCGAGCGGAUGCCUUCUGUGGAAUCCCGAGCCCAGUUCAGUGCAGAGGAAACUUGACCUUUAGCGCAGUCUCAAUGAGUGACGUUUUGACGUUGGACCUAUGGAAUCCAUGCUAUGAGCCACAUUUUGUUGUGAAGUUUAUUUACUCGCUUGUGGCUUCAAAUCUUAAAAUUAUUAAGCCUGCUCAUUUAAUAUUGUUAGGGUGUUACCCUUUCCUUCCUUUCCUUUCUUUCUUUCUUUCUUUCUUUCUUUCUUUCUUUCUUUCUUUCUUUCUUUCUUUCUUUUUUUUUUUCUGGAUUUCUUUUGUUCUUGUUCUUGUUUUGGUUUUGGUUUGGUUUGUUUUAAAUAGAACAUAGUUUAAUGUAAUGUUAGGUUAGAGAAAGAAGUUUCUGCCCGGUUAGAGGGGCUCCCGCUCAGAUAACUCCACCCUGCCCUCUCCCCGAGUGUUCCUACUCUGCUUCCGUUUAGACUUCCUCUUCUUCACAAAUCCCCUUCACUUUAGCCAGACCUCUGCAGACCCUGAGCUCACGCGUCUCCACCCUUCCCCUGCCACGACAGCCCUGGCAGGAACCUGGUUUGGAAUCAUGCACCUCCAGGCAAUAAAGUAAGUGAAGCGAUUUCAGCAGAGUCACCUACUCAUCGGAAAAGGAAAUAAUUGUCCCAGUGCCCCACAUAGCGCUUACCUUACGUAAAGCAGAACUAAUGCCAACGGGCUGUUUUGUGGAACAAGCGUUAAAGCUGCAAUCUACCACAGUUUGCCAAAUCUCCUCCAGUUUCCUAUUAGAAACAGUAGCAUUACCUUCCAGUUCCAGUGACAGCGAUUGCAAGAGGAGACCUCCCUUCCUUCGGGACCGGCCUCCGGAACCCACUCCAGGCUUGAGAUGGCCACUCAGCAGUCCCGCACGGUUGGAUUUUAUUUUCUUUUGUUUUGUUUUUGAGUUGUAUCCUCAUGCAACCUUGUCAAAGACCUCAUGCAAUAUCACUUUGAAAUUUAUUUUCUGUUUACUACACAAACAUUGUAAUAUAACUGUUAAUACUAUUUAUAUAUUUGAAAGGUAUAAGAGGUAGGAGUUUAAAAAAAAAACCUCUAUGUGUAGAUAUUAACUCAGAGCUUACACUAUACAGGGAGAAGACACGUUGCAAUACAAGCUAAUUCUAGCUGCUUAGUAACCUCUGGAGUUUUCAAAGGGACAUUUUUCCUGUACUUUUUCAAAUAAUGAUGUUUAAAACAGUUACCCUUGACAUGAGCGUCAUGCAGCUUUGCAAAAGGAUGGCUGUUUGCAACUGAGGCCUGGGCCCGCCCGUCCCCUUUCUGUAGAUGCUGCAGCUUUAAUCCGAGAGUCCACAGUUGCUGCUUCCUGAUCUCCGAGUUACUCUUUCCAAAUUGUCUUCUGACGCUGUUGCUGAAGUCACUCUGUACACAUCCUAGACACCGAUUUUUUUGCCAAGCUCUUACAGGUGGUUCAUCGAUCGAUGGCAUCCGCAUUUGGUAUCUUUUACACUUCAACCAAAAAUUUAUUAGGUAUUUUUCAAUGCUAAGUCUUGCCUUUUAUUUUUUAAUUUCACUGCCAAGUUUGCAGUGGUUCUAAGUGAAUCUGUGGGCAUUUUAGCCUGUGGUCUUGCCAGAUCUUUGCGAAUUACAAUGCAUAUAUGUCUAUUUAUUCAAUAUCUGUCAUAUAAUAUCUAUUUGGAAGAAGAAACUUUCUCUUGUAGUGCCUCUUGACAAAGCACAAUUUCCCGCCUUUUUUUUUUUUUUUGUGAAAUGAAGAAAAAAACAAAUUGUGUUUUAUUGCAGUAUCAAUAAUGUGAAUAAGGAUUAACAUAUUGUAAAUGUUCCUUUUUCCAUGUAAAUCAACUAUCUUUGUUAUCACUAAGUGAUAAUUUUUAACUUAUGUGCAUUGUUAGGCUGUUAGAAUUUUUUGGUUGUUAAAUAAAACGCAUUCAA